AUGGGCGACGACGCUUUGGCCGCACUGAUUAGUGAGGCCAAGCAAAUAUCUCAGGCCGACUCGCUCCAGCGUAUCAGUGCGAUUUUCCAGUGUAUAGAUCACCUUCUAUCUCUGGAAGACUCCAAGUGUGGGUACGAAGCAGUUGGGGCCCUCCGCACCUUCCCAAUCUUUCCGACGAGGAGAGGUGAAGCCCGACCAACGUUACAAACCUGCGAACGGCAUGAUGGUUGGUUUAUUGCAGACCAGCCCCGCCUAUUGGAGACUUUUCAUGGACAUCUGACCAUGCUCGCGUUUGGUGCCGAGGAUUUAGCACGCAUGUCGAGAUUGUUCCGCGCCUUGCUUAUCGAGGAUCGGUUGCUGUCCAAGGCAGCAAUUUGCAGGCCGCGGCAGGGUCUGGCCUCCGUAGUGAAGGACGACUACAAAAGUCUGCUCUUGUCCAAAGCUGAAUGCAUAUCCUGCCUGGCUCGAAAUCACCUGUCUCAGCCGUCCGAGAUAUCCAAAUUGCUUCGGGAUAUAGAAGUGCGAAGUGUUGAUGAAGUGACUGUCGAAUGGACCGUUCUUCAUCCAUCUGGGUACAUUAUCGACACACAUGAGGACAUUAAACUGGCUUUGAUUGUCAGAGAGGAAAACAGCGUAAGACUUUACAUACGCCAUAGCGAUGCAGAUGCACAAAAUCUGCCUUUCGAGCUCUGUGAACAGCUGUCACAAUUGUGCGGGAUCCCUUUUGAACACAGGAGCUUAUUAUGGGCAGCUUUACUGCUGAAUGACAUACAGCUCCUGCACGAUGCUCUAGGUCGAGGAGGGAUUUUUCGGGCCAUGAGCUGUUUCAGUACCUAUAUGUAUGCGGACCAGUUAAGUCGCAGGAACGACUCGUCGUCAAGAGAAGAUGAGAUUACACAGGUGACUCAAUCAAACGCCAUCCGUGAUGAUAUCUCAUUGAUUAGCAAAUCGUCUGAAGACUCAGAAAUACCGACUGCAAUGAACUGCAAUCUGCCCUCUAUGAGCAGAUCCGAGGAACAAGUAACCGGCAGUAAUAAAAAGGUAAGUUUCAUAGAACAGUGGCAGCAGAUAUCCGUCUUUCCAGAGGCGGAUGGCCACCGCACACAGGUGUCCUUUGCACAAUGCGAAUGGGUCCAUCCAUCUGAGACUGGGCAUACGCAGUUGGAUGAUCGGGAUAAUAUGAGUAUCGCACAGUUGACAGAUUUAUAUUAUCAACAUAGAGUACCCAGGUUUACACCACAACCUGACAUUAUCUUUUGCUCUACUGUGGAAGAAUUGCCCGAGGUGGAUUUUGAGGGAAUUACUCAAGGUCAAAAAACGCUACCUGCACGCCUACAGAUACUUGACCCUGGGGGGCAAACUGUCUUCAUAGCACGUAAUUCUAAUAACCCAACUGACCAUGAGCCGGCGUUUCUCGGAGAAGUAUUUGUCUCCGAGUUUCUACGGCACGUUCUUGGCAGCGCAUAUGAUCCAGAUAUACAUUGGACAAGCCCCUUGCGAACUCGCCUUGGCCAUGCCCCUUUCACGGUGCAAGACAAUUUUCCUAUGUCGGGCUUUUAUAUUGAUGCUCAAACUGGUCAAGCAAUGACCGACUUCUUGAAAGCAAAUUCAGUCAAAAGGGCGGCAGAAUGGGCAUACCUUCCCCCUGAUUACCGUAUUGAUGUCCAGACCACAGUAGAUGGUACAUCUGCAUCCUUUUCCUGGAGUGCGCUCGAUCUGGACAUGGCACGUAGAUGGCGGGUGCGAGAUUCGUCCGAGCAGCAGGACCGCAUCUACAUUCUCAUACGAGUCUCCAAUAUCUAUAACAAUCCCAGCGUCCACAUGUUCAUGGAUCCAUGGGAUAUGAUUAGUGAACAAGAGCUCCUGAUAAGGACCCAAUCAAACCUACUCGCGAAUAUACACGAUGGCUCGCGUCGUGGGAUAAAGCUCACUGACUUCCAAAGCAAGAAGCCACAGGAGCGUGAUGGCACCGUAUCCCGAAAGUCUAGACCCUUUGUGUCGGCAAUACCACAUCUGUACAUCCAGAGCCCAUUGGAUGAAGCAGCAAAAGAGAUAAGACUUCUUUAUCUUCUGCCAGGAAGAGGGGAUGAAGACCUCACAGGGGAAUUGAUACACUCAGCUAUAGCAGGCCGGCCCGAGUAUGACGCUAUUUCUUAUACCUGGGGAAGUGCUAUUCAGCCAUUCAAGCUGCACACCCCGGAAGGGUAUAUUCCUAUCACAACAUCUUUAUAUCUGGCUUUGAUGCGAAUGCGUAAGUGCCAAGAGCCAAGAAUGCUCUGGGUAGAUGCGAUUUGCAUCAACCAGAAUGAUAAUGUUGAGAAAGCCUCUCAAAUAUCCAUGAUGCCGGACAUUUUUAGAUGGGCCACGUGCGUAUACGCGUGGAUUGGCGAGGAUGAAGAUGGUAGUCUUGAGGUUCUCAAGACCAUAAACGAAAUUGCAAAGCAAUCGUUGGAACUCACUAUGCCACCUCGCAGUGGAGACGACCUAAUCCCACCCAUAGUGCGCACAUUCUGGAAUAACCUAUGCAAGCUGCUUGAACGCAAAUGGUUCCGGCGAAUAUGGGUUGUGCAGGAAAUAGUUCUAGCGAGAGACGUUAUCGUCUGGUGUGGUGAUCAGUGUGUUCCGUGGGGUCAUUUCUGUGAUAUAGUCUCACGGCUUUUUCAACAUGCUGAGCAAUACAGCUCAGACCUACUCAUUUCUCGAGGGAGUAGAGCAGGCUCUGUCCUGCGUCUCGAUAAGCUCCGGAAGGACUGCUGGGUGAGUGGAGAAUUUGAAGCAAAAUAUCAACUACUAUCGCUAUUUGAGCACUUCCAGUUGAACGAGGCGACCCAGAGACGAGAUAAAUUGUUUGCACUACUAAACCUAGCCAGCGAUAACUGUGAGGAACUCCGUCCAGAUUACACAGCUCCACUGGAAGAUAUUAUCUGGCGAUACGCAUGCACAUUCGUCAAGAAUGGUCAUAUGAUGGAACUACUGUACAGAAGUGGGCGGUCUUCGGAUCACACAUUUCCAUCCUGGGUUCCAGAUUGGACAUCAGCACCUUACCCCAGGACUCUAUCGAAAUGGAAAUGCAAACGCAAGCCACAUAGAUUCACUGCGGCCUCCAAGUUUCAUGUCUCUGGCGAGCUAGGUCCUGGAAAGCUCCUAUGCCUCCGGGGAUACCUAGUUGAUCGUGUAUCACGCGUAGGCACGCGCCCAUCGUACACAAGUUCGUUUCCCGCCUAUCGUCAAGAGAUUUCUGCAAUGGUCGAUGAAUUUCUACCAAACCUUACUCCACAGCAGACUACGGCUAUUAAGCAGAGACUGCCCAUUGGUGACUUCGACAUGGACUCUGAAGAGGCUCAUGUUUUAUCUGAAAGGAUAGAUUAUUUGAAUGACAUAUGGGCGGCGGAGUCCCAAGCAUACAACGCCAUCGCCUCUAGAUUCGCAGAUAUCUUCUCGCCUGCCGUUGCAUGCGGCACGGAUAUGCAGAAAGUGGGCAUUGUCCCAGCAAACACUCAUGAGGGCGAUCGAAUUGCUCUCUUCCAUGGUAGUAGGGUUCCUUUUAUAAUUCGUGAAACGGACCCGCUAGAUGGCCACUACCGUGUGAUAGGGGAAUGUUACAUUGAUGGCCUGAUGCAUGGAGAAUAUAUGGAUUUAUCUGGACCGUGGCGGGACAUCAAGCUGGUCUAA